CUGAGAGCAUGACGACGUAAAAGUUAUCAAGAUGGCUGAUAGUGGUUUGCCGUCUGAAAGUAGUGGUUUGUUUUCAAACUUAAUUUUGGAAAUAAUCAGAAGUCCUGUUAAUAUUGCACUUGUCGGCGUAAUUACAUUAUUGGUAUAUAAGAUUGUGAAGAGUCGACAGAAGGUGCCUGAGCCUGUGCCAGCAGAACCGGCACUUCCAAAGUUGAGGAAGGAUUUUACUGUGGAAGAACUGAGAAAAUACGAUGGUACUGGACCGGACGGCAGAAUUCUUGUUGCUGUCAAUGGGAAUGUUUUCGAUGUUACGAAAGGGAAACGAUAUUAUGGUCCAGGGGGCCCAUACUCAGCAUUUGGUGGACAUGACGCAUCACGCGGUUUGGCGACAUUUUCAGUUAUGAGUUCAAAGGAUGAGUACGAUGAUUUGAGUGAUCUGAAUACUAUGGAAAUGGACUCAGUUCGGGAAUGGGAAAUGCAGUUCAAAGAGAGAUAUGAUUAUGUUGGCCGGCUUCUGAAACCUGGCGAAGAACCGACUAACUACUCUGAUGAGGAAGAAGAAGGGAGUUUAAAAGGCAAGGGCUAG